AGUCAGAGUGCACUUGCACCGCUCCUCCCUGCGCCCUCCUCCGCACGACCCUCCCACCAACCCGGGACUGGAGUCACGUGUCUCGCUUCUCUACCAGCCAACACCGCCACAAAUCAAACUCAGCCAACAGCAGUUCGCCCGAGAGAGCGAGAGCGAGAGCGAGAGCGAGAGGAAGAUGAGAAGCAGGGAGGUGUCCACUCCAUCACCGAUGAAGAGGCUUCAGUAGAGGACAGAUCCACAAUGUCUCCGCGAAGAGGAGGCUCUUGAUAAGCCUUUGAACCGGACCGCACGGGAGAUGAGCGGCACACUGCUUCGGAGUCUCGUUCUUGACCAGUCUGCCUGGCAGCCACUGGGCUCGGGGGGGCACAGGUUUUCGGCCGCGGCUUGAAGAAAAGUGCAUUUUUUGCGUGUGCGUGGUCUUCGCCAUGAGGGUUCUGGCAUCCAACGUGUUCGGGCUGCUCUUCCUAGGCGCCUUCGCCGGGGUUUUCUACGUGUGGAGCUCACUGGAGGACCGCUCGGAGCGACACAAACGGCGCUUCACGGUGCCUGGAGGUGGGUCGUUCUCCCCCGAAGUCCCUGUGGGUCUUUCGGCGAAAACUUUCCGGACUCUGCUCGCCGUCCCGGCGGCGCGCAGAACCCAAGUCACGGCUCACGAGGCAAGUGAGAACCCGGCGGGAAGUGGCCGUGACCACGUGAAUGGGAAUAAGUCGACUGCACAGUGGGGGUCGGUCAAGUUGGACUCCCCCGUGGAGGAGGGCAUAUUUUGGAGCGCCUGGCUGGAAGAUCUACUCCCGGUGGGCUUCGCGGAGGACUACGCCCGGGCUUGGCGAGACAGGGCGAGGGCGGCGCGGGUCUUGCGGCUGGAGCCGGGAUGCGGCAGAGCAUCCAAUCAGCUCGCCACUUUCGCGGAUGGCUCCAAAGCGUGUGUGCGCUACGGGAUCAACGCGGAUCAGGUGCAAGGUGAAACUCUGACCUACUACCUCGCUUGCUUGCUGGGCCUCACCAACGUACCCCCUCUGGUGCUGUCCCAGCUGAGCGUCGACAGUGAGCAAUGGGGGGCGGUGAGGACGCGCGUCGGCGGGUUACAAUGGAGCGACCACGCCGUGGUUUCUCUCACCGAGUGGGUCUCCAACCUGAGCGGGGUCGUCACACCUGCUCCGCUACGACAGGAGAGCAGCGGGCUGCGCCCCGAGCUCCGGAACGAGGCCACGGCGGAGCUCUUGGAACUCAUGCAGUGGAGCGACCUGAUCGUGUUCGACUACAUGUCGGCCAACUUUGACCGGCUGGUGAGCAAUCUGUUCAGCCUGCAGUGGGACGCGCGCGUCAUGGAGAGGGACACCAACAAUCUCCUGAAAACGCCCCGCGGGGAUCUGGUCUUUAUCGAUAACGAGGCCGGGUUGGUGCACGGCUUCCGGGUGUUGAGCAUGUGGGAGCGAUAUCACCAGACGGUGCUGGGCUCCGUGUGCGUGUUCAGGAAGAGGACCGCGCAGCGCGUGGCCGAGCUCCACCAGCGCAGAGACUCCAGGAGAAGGCUCCUGGAGCUCUACACAGACAGCGAGCCUUUGGCAGCCAAACUGGGCUUUCUCUCGGACGAGCACGCCGCUGUCCUCCAGGACAGGAUAGACAGCGUGCACAAACAUAUUCUACGCUGCAAAGAGAGCUACGGCCAACUAUGAGCAUCCGAGAUGUGCGAUUGUCUCGAAUAUCCAACUGAACUACCUCCUCGGGAUGCCAGUUUAACCCCUGCUGAUUGACUGCACACUAUGAAUCCCACUUUGUACGCUACACUUGGUUAGAGUUGACUGCGUGAGGCGACAUAUUGCCUCAUGCUCUAUGUGUGUUUGGAUUGUUGCCUUAGUGUUUAGCAUUCAAUAUUUAAUACUUUAUUUCUGGUAACAUCCAGCCGCUUUUAGGGAAAAUCUUUUUGCACAAUCAGUUGUCAUAUAGGCAGCUUUCAUUUUUGUUCCGCCUUAAAAGUGUAAUAUUUCCAUUGUACAUGUUGUAAAUAUUGUUCACCAACUUGCUUUGGCAAGUCCACUAAUUUAAUGUGCAUUGUAACAUUCCAAAAUAUCUUGUUCCUUCCCCACUUUUUAAAUAUACACUAAUUUAUGUUAAAACACUCUGUGCUGUUUAACUGUUUUUAUGGCGCGUCAAACAUUUACCAGCCUGCUUUCAUUGUGUUGUAUAAAUGCGUGGUACUGGCAUGAAUGUUCCCUCUGAGCCAUCCCGUCAGCCAAAGGCCCGCUACAACGGGAAAAUGCUAAUCCUUUAUAAUCUUACCAGGAAUUAUGAAGGAGGAGACGAGUGACAUCAUUUGACACAUUUGCAAAAGGCUUCGCUGUUUCCUAGCUAAAUUGAAAUUAGUUCUCAUCUCCGUUUUGCAUCUGAAUCAAGGACUUCAUUAAUUAGGUUCUUCUGUUCAGUUAAAGAGUAAAAAAAAAAAAAAAAAAAAAACUCCCUUUGUGGGAGAAUACGUUCCUGAGAGGCUAAUUAAUUCAUGCUUUUCUCUCAGUGGAGGGCUUUGUUUACCGUUUUUAAAAUGUUAAAUUUGAACUGUGAAGUGUAUUCAAAGCACCUGAGUGCCUGAAGGUCACUAUUAUUUCUUCAGGCUUUCAUUACAGCAACGCAAGUGUUUUUUUUUUUUUCACCAUCUUAAAAAGGCUCAUUCUUGAUUAGUUCCAUAACAGAUUGGACUUCUCUGAUCUUCAGAGAGAAAACCAGUGAUAUACUUACUGUAUGUUUGGAAAGUCAUAUUUUAAGCCUCUCGCUAUUCUGCAGCUGGUUUCUUUCACUACUUCUGUAUGUUCAGCCAACUCCAGGCAAGGCUCAUCACAAUUUGUGCAGCUCUGUAUUAGGGUAUGAGGGUUAGCAUGUCUCGUUUGAACAGUGACUUAGCUCGUCAUUUCUAUGCUUGGGGCACGUGCAAGUGAUUUGUGGUUUCGUCUGGUGGGUCACAAUGGCAGCAAUGCAGUGCAUAGGGUUAAGCAGGUAUAUAAUAAGCAUUUUCCCCCAGAGUAACCACCUGCUUCAGCGGCUUAGUAGAUCAAUAAGUGCAAUAACAGUGGAGAAAGGAGGUCAAGGUAAUGCGUUGGGCGCUGGUUCUACAGUUAAUAUGCCGACUUGAGUUUCACUGGAAGGGGGGAGGGAUGGGGGGUUCCGUGGACUGUGCGUGCAGCUGGGCACCUUCUAAGCAUGCCUGUUCAUGCUGAAGCCUCCAAAGAGAUUUAUGAUGGGUUGCAGACACCAGGGAUUCAACACAAUGUGGAACUGCGGUCUGCAUGUGUAAACCAGACUCACAACCCUCCUGCCUUCUCUGCCUUUCCCGAUUUGCCUCACAUCUUGCCGUUCCAGCUACGCGUCUGUUUCCACUGUUCACAUCAAUGUCCACUUAAUUUGUCAGAUAAACAAACAUCAUAUUUUUGUAAUUACUUUUAGAAAAUAUGCUCACUUUAUGAAUCACAUCCAGCAUGGACUUUUUAUACAUUACUCACACUUUCUGCUUGGUUUGUUUUGGAUAACAAUGCAAAGUUUUUUAAGUCUACAACCAAUUUAUUCUCUUUCACAGGCGACUCAGUCCUGUAUGACACAGUCCAAUGAAUUAAACUUUUCCUAUAGCUCAUGACACUAAAGCAGUGAUACUUAAUUACACCCUUAGAAAUGCCAGUGUGCUGUGGUUCUCGUCACAUGUGGUACUUUUGUGUGUGAGUACAAAGAGCCGCCUGCCCAGACGGUCAUGCGGCUUGGGGCCCGCUGCAGGCCCCAGCACAGAUCUGCAGGUACUUCAACUGAUCUUCCUCUUAUUUGUGCACAUUGCAAACAUUCCAGAGGAGCAGAGGGAGGAUCAUCUCCAUGGACACGCACACGCAUGCAGCACUUUCUCCAACAGGAAAAUGGAACAGGAACCAGCUGUGUACACAGGCUGUCUUUAAUGUCGAAGGAUUUAACCCUCAUCACGUUUUCCCCUCACUUUUUACAAGUUCCACCAGAAUGCAAUUGUUGGUUUGAAUAUGAAUACUGACAACAUUGACUUAUUAGUUUGAACAAUAACCAAGCUAACCAUAUUUUAGGCAUAAAAAAUAUACAAAAAGGACAGGUUAAAAAAAAAGGUGUAGGUGUUUUGCCAUAAAGCAAAUGAUUAAAACUCAGGGUGUCUCCCUCCUCAGUUGACUCGCCAUGUGUGAGUGGAUAGACAUAACUGGCAUUCUUUAAAGGCGACAUAGUGCAUGGGGACUUCCUGAGCAUGGCUGAAUGAUUUCAUUAUAAAACACAGCACAUAGGGGGAGAGUCACUUAGUCACAGCUGAGUGGAUACCGUCCAUAAAGGGUCAAUCGUGGGGGGGCUGGGGCAACGACUAGAGGGGCUUUCACAUUGUGGGCUGGACAUCCAGGCGCUGGUCUGCUGGGAGAGCUGGCACAA